GCCAAACCUUGAGACGGACGGACCCUUGAGAGAAUCACGGAAAUGUAUCAAGUGACGGUUUGGCUGACGGGCCUUUUUCCGUGCUCCUUUUUUUUUCUUUUUUUCUUUUUUCGUGAGGGGUUAAGUGAGUUAAGCCGAAUAACCCCUGUGUGGUACCUAUCACCUACCUCUAGAUAGACAAGACGGCUGUGUUGAGAGGCAGGACCAGAACAGAGCAACAGAAAAAAAAACGAAGCGAGCGUACCGCCGGCAGAAGCAGAAGGCCUCCACUUUCGGCAGGAGUACCUUUGACGCCCGCGCCCGCGCCCGCGCCCAGCACCCACACCCACGCACCCCCCAGGCAGGCCAGACACGACAGACCAGACGAACGGCGGCAGGCUCGCUUGUUGGGUCUUGGCCAAGGGCCAAGUAGCACGAGUGCUCGGCAGUAUAUCUCGUCGCCGUCCUCGCCAGACCCGCGGCAAGCACCACCCCCGCUCCCGCCCACCGUUGCCUCGCACAUGAAAACGCGCCAAUGCCCAGACGAGCCCUGCCCCCAUGGACCCGGACGCGACGCCGCCGAUUGUUCCACCUCUUCAGGACCGGAGCCAGCUCGGUCUCAGCCCGGCUGCCGCUGCUGCUGAGGCUGCCGCCAUCAAGCGCAGGGCCCCGAUUGCCUGCCGAAGGUGUCGGCGCAUGAGAAGCAAAUGCGUUCAUGACAGGAAACCGCCUUGUGACUCCUGCAAGGCCGCUGGGCUUGGCCCGGAGUCAUGCAUCUUUCCUGUUCGCGGCCAGCCCGACAGCGACCGCGACUAUCGUCACCCCCGCCUCAAGGCAGAAAAGGCCGGUAGGAGGGACCCGGCAAAGGCCCGGGCUGGUUCCUCCGACGCCGCAUUGCCUCCGCCCCUCGGCCAACCGCGCCUCCACAAGGUAGUCAAGGGCGCUGACGCCUGGGACUCGCUGCCUCCCCUGCCCGACAUCAUCGACGCUGUCGAGAAAUUCACCCGCCACUACUUCCAACUGGGCUUCAUCCCCAAGCAGCUGUUCACCGAGCGCCUGCGCCAGGAUCACCGCUCCGUCAGCGUCUUUCUCCUUCUCAGCAUACUCGCCAUCUCCGCCCGCUUUACGCCGUCUCUGAUCAGCCGCUAUGGGAGCGAUGGCAUAGCAGCCGCCGAGACCUUUAUCGAACGCGCCUCCGCCUUUGCCCUGAACGAGCUCUAUGAGCCGCCUACUCUUGAGAGAUGCCAGGGCUUCUACCUUUUAAGCAUUGCCCAGCAGGGCAGUGGCUUGAAGAACAGUAGCUAUAUCAAUCUCGGGAUUGCCAUGCGCAUGGCAGCGUUGAUGGGUCUUCACCGAGAGGAGACGUAUGCGCUCCCGAACCCAACCAAGGAGCUGGUUAUUGCAGCCGAGUCGGCUCGAAGAACAUUGUGGAUGCUGCACAGUCAAGACAACCUUCACGCUGGUCCCUCGUCUCCCGUGUCCCUGGCCACCAGCGACAUCACUGCCCUCCUUCCCAGCAAUGAGGAGGACUUCGACAAAGGCUGCGAGCCAAAGUCGCGCGCCGCUCUCGCCGAUACCCCACCUGCCUUGGAGAAUCCCAGCCUGAUAGCCGACACGGGCCGGUCCCUAUUCGCGAGCCUAAUCCAAACGCAUUAUUUCUGGGGCAAGAUAUCUCGGAGGGCGGUUGCGCCACAGGACACCAAGAGUUCGCGCCCAUGGGAGUCCCAGAGCGAAUACGCUCAGAUGGUCGAGAAGCUCAAUGCGUGGGAGAGGAGCUUGCCCGACGAGCACCGGUGGAGCAGCUACCUGCUCAAGGGCUACAAGGUCGAUGGCCUGGAGUUGGCCUAUCUGGCAGUCACCAUGGUGGCUCGCCUGUGCAACAUCGUCCUGCGGAAAUCAUACCUGCACUUCAUACUCAGGGGCAACAUGGAACCCCGGGAUUUCUGGGCUGACAUGUCGCUUGAACUGUUCCGCAACGUCAGGGGUCUGUACGAACAGAUUGACGCCCAGUUCAAGGACCGGAGACCUGAGGAUGGCACCGGAGCCCAGAUUACGUCCUUUUGUGUUUACAGCUGUGGCAUACUAGCCGCAUAUCUUUGCAAGUAUCCAAACAUCUGCCCAGACCCGGUUAUCUCGGCCGAAGGACCCAUGAUGCUGCACCGGACCAUGGCCAUCUUGCAAGAAAGCCAGGCCGUCUGGCCACUCGCCUCAAGAUGGCGCGAAGGGCUCGAUAAGUUCGCACACGACCAGAAGGCCACCGUGAGCCACGAGGGCAGCAUGGCCGACGGGGACCCAGUGCCGCAGGCCCUCCAACCCGUGCCUUCGCACUCGCCAGUCGAGCGAUCGGCUACCAUUCCCGCUAUCGACAAACGGCAAGCCGCGGGUCUGGCCGCGGUCAGCACGCCGCAGCACCGAACCCCACCAGCAAAGCCUGCUGUCACACCCGCAGCCCACCGCUCCGGACCGCAGCCCAUGCCUGACAACAUGUACCUCGACUCCCCCAUGAGGCUGGCCGCCGCCGCCCUGAUGCCCCAGUCUCAGAAUCAGCACCCUCAACAGGCCCCGCACCACUCGCUGCACCACCCACAUCAGCGCCUACACUCACAGCAUGGGCAACAGCAUCACGUCGCCCAAGAUAUGCAGGAUUCGGCCACUCGCGCCGCCCAGACGGGCGGCCUCGAUCUGCUGAUUGAGGCAUCAUAUACACACCACCAGCCCGGCGCCGUCAACCCACCGGCGCCCCCCUACAGCGCCAUGGGCCCGCCCCAGGCGCCGCAGCCUCCUCCGCCAGAGGCUGCCAUAGUCGACUACUACGCCCAAAACGACGGCUAUGAGAACGAGCUGCAGUUCUACAUCGAUGGUGCCCCCAACAACAUCCAGGUCUGGGUGCCAACCGAGAGCAUGUAUGGCUAUUGACGUAACUAGCCAAAAGAAAAUAGGUGUCUACUUGCUUGGUGCCUUGUUUUGUUUUCCCCAAUUUUUCGGUUGUCUCUUAUCUUGCCUAAAUUCCUUGUCUUGCUUUUGUUUUGUGUCAUUGUCUGCGUUCUAAGACGGACAUUUGGGUAGAAUAGAUCAGGGACAUCGUAAACAUAACGGCCUGUCGGUGUUGUUGGAAUGAUGGCGAGGCGCGGUUAGUCGCAUUGGGAGCCGUGGUAGCGGCGCGGAUACAGACUCAUUUUGUGGGAUUCAUUCAUGUGGUGAUCAAGAGUGUGGCCACCACCCAAACUUUGCUAAGAUUUCCAUUGGCUUUUUAUCUUCUUCUCUUCUUAGCACUAUGUUGGUCUUUUUUCCCCCCUCCCUUCUUCCUUUAUUUAUACUCCGUCCCUUUGGCCUUUCCACCGUGCCGGUCUUUUUGGCCUUUAGGCUACAGAGAGCAAGCACUUGAUAUACACACUAGCCUCGAAUAAACACGAAUAGCCUUGAUAUCGUUGUUUGUCGUCAGCAGGCUUUUGCCCCUUCCGUGCCAUAC